UUGUAACUUUAGUACUAGUUUAUUAUCACACGCGAAAACACCCAUAAAUACGUUACAGUGAAAUAUUAUUCGCAAAAACUACAAAAGCAUUAAAAAAUCGCGUAAAAAACUCAUAAAAACGUAAAAUAUUAUUUAAAAAUCGGGAAAACUGAGUAAAAAAUAUUAAUAAAAAAUAAUUUACCUACGAACACACAAAAAUAACAAUGUUAUAACCUAUAAAAUUAUUAAAUAAUAACAUAAAAGUGCGUUUGUGCUUUUUUUCUGCCCGAAAACAUGGAAAAACAUCAAAUUUUACCAAAAUUCAUCGAAAAAAACCUCGAAAAAUUAGGCUACACGUCUCUACGUGCAACAUCUCCAGCUCCAAACACAUACUGCGUCGAACUAUCACCUCCCCGAAAAGUUUUUAUCAAAUGCCUCUCAACAACCGAAGAAUCAACCAAAGAAGUCAACUUUGAAGCCGAUUUAUACUUCGCAAACGAAACAAUAUUCUACUCCCAACUACUACCACACUUCCACAAACUAGAAACAACUUUCCACGCCACAAUCAACGUGCCUUUUAGCAGUGUCCCCGUGUGUUUAUACUCAGACUCCUCAUGCCUAAUCCUCGAGGACCUCUUUAGCGAUGGCUACACACCCGCAGACAUCAACACACCACUAAACUACACCACAACACGCGUAGUAUUACAACAACUCGCACGAUUUCACGCAUACUCUAUAGCGUUACACCACUACAAACCGGAAAUCUACCAGGAAAUAACCUCGAAAUUAAAAUGUAUUCAUAACACAACCAAAAUAAUAUUCCGUGAAGGUGUAAACGACGCAUUAAAACUCACAAAAAGUUCCUUACCGAAAAACAGUAUUUAUAUAGAAAAACUAUCAUUAUUUGUGUUCAGUGUGUUUCAAGACUAUCCACCGAUAGAUGGCGUUAGUGAAAAUGUGGUAAUCCACGGCGAUUUGUGGCCUAAUAAUAUUUUAUUAAAAGACAACACAGAUGCAAAAUUCGUUGAUUUUCAAGGAUGUCGAAUAUUAUCCUGGGUGGUUGAUUUAAUCAGCGUAAUAUUAAUUUCAUUAGAUAAAAACACCCGUGAUGAAUAUUACAGUGACCUAUUCGAGUGUUAUCGAUGUGCGAUGUGUUUAAAACUCGAAGAAUUAAAUUUAAAUCAAAAAAUUAUCGAAAACACAUUCAACGAAACAAAUUUUUCGGAUAAAAUUAAAAAAGACGCGAAAUAUGCUUUGAUUCCGGCCCUGGCAGGGUUGCCAUUGUACUUAAAACCUAACCAAACUUUAGAUCUUGAUAUUCAACCAGGUGUUGAUCCUGUUUUAAAUUAUUUUCGUAAUUUACGCGCGCAGAAAAGCAUGAAAUGCAAAAAUAAAAUGUUGGAGGUUAUAAUGCAUAUGGUGGACUAUGGAUAUCUGGAUGUGUAACAUAGGCAACCAGAUAUACUACCACUCACCAUUAGCAGAGACUUCAUCAUCGCCGAAAUCCGUAUAGCUGUCGAUACUGACAUCGUCCAAUGGAUUCCAUUUGUUAGAGUGCACUGCAUUGAGGACCACGGCUUUCAUCUUGCGGCGAGCGUUGAACUUUUUCAACUCGUCGACGGUGUCCUGCAGAUGUAUCCUUAGCGCUUUAUCACGAUCCUAAAAAUAUUUUUUAAUUUUUGGUUUUAUGGAGCGAUUAAAUCGUGACGGACUAAUUAAAUUUAAUUAUUAAUGAGAAAUGAGAAGUGUGAAAUAAAAUGUUACGAGCGUGUAAGAUGUGUUGCCUAGCUGUAGUAUGCGUCGACAUUUUAAUAGCCAUGGCAAUAAUUUUUCAGUUUUCAGUUGUAAAAACGAUUGUAAAUCAAAACACAAGUAAUAAAAACUGAUUAAAUGUAAACAAA